AUGGGCAAUAGCAACGUGUCCAAGCCAAGCGGCGGAGGCUUUUAUGCCUCUACCGAUGAAAACAACUCAAUCUAUCCCAACGUUUGGGGUCAGAUCAACAAUCCGGAAAACGGCAACAACGGUGCUUUCGUACAUCCCUCUAUGGCUCCGUUCGGUCACGUCCCUGUCCGCUUUGUCUCCAUGUCUGCCCUCACCAACAAUGGCCAGGGCGACGUGAGCCCCUUCACCAAUACCAAUCUAAUCAACAAUUCCACUCCUCAUCCAUUCACAGCUCCGGCCGGCAAUAUCCCUCCCGUCCCUGGUGCCUCUGGCGUCACCAACCAUGGCCAGAGCCACCUCCGUCCGGCAGCAUCCCUGUCCCCUUCGUCCAGGCUGGAGUCGAAACUAUCUAUGCCGACCGCCCGGUGGUUGCUGGUCCUGUCCACCCAUUCGAACAUGUUCACCCCUCGGAGCCAGCCCGCGAAGCGCGUCCAACUAUUGUCGUUACAUCGAAGUGCAAAGUAUGCAAGGCACCCGCUUAGGCACCGGGCGCCUCCAAGUGCUUUAAGCACCUCGCGAACAAACCUUCUGCGGUCCGCCAAGCCGCAGUAUUUGAAGGGUAUAGCAGAGGGUACUACUCAUGCUCAAAAUGCUUCACUCCGGGUCUGGAGCGCGCGGGCCUUUGCUCUGAAUGCCUGGCUGCCGGCCGGGCCACUAGGGCCAGAAGGGCGGCCCAUAUUGCGCCUACUGGCGGAAAGUGGGCCAAGGGCCGGAAGCGCCUCUAGGACGACCAGGGUGGCGAGGACAAGGUCAAAACUGGCCGUGUUCUGGAAGCGAGUCAAGAGUAGAAAGCAGAAAGAAGGGAACUGGCAGCAAUAG